UCAGUGCUGGUCCUCUGCCAGAACACCAAGGCAGCAGCUACCUGCAGUAACUUCACCAUCGUAGGCGCCAACAACUACACAAAGCCGUCUCCUAUGACUUUCGCUGUCAGCCAAGGUGUCGUCUGCAACGGGACUUCUGACUGCCCAGUAUUAGUCGGCGGAGAUGUGACGAGCCAACGCUACACCAAUCUAACGGAGUCUACUCCUGACUGGGUUUACCAACUGAUCAGCAAUGUAACUGGAUACUCUUUCGACGCGACAUUGAUCGGUGCAGUAGAGAACACAACAUACACCAUGAAACAGGGCUCAUCUGGAUACGUCGGCUUCACUCCCACAUGGAGAUGUACGCAAGGCAUCCUCUCAGACUGCAAUAUCAAGAAUCUCAAUGGCACAGCUGUGGAAGCGUGUACACCAUUCGGCUGGGAACAAGGCAUGAUCAACGGUACCCUUGCUGUAGUUGCAACAUCACCACAAACCGCGUCGGCGCUGGUAUGCAACCCUGCGAAUACAAGUCUGGCAUCAGAUGGCAACUCGACAAAUUUCUGUAACGACCCGACCAACUCAUCUUCUGGGACCCCGACGCCGACAGAUCUGCAUGCUGGUGCAGGUCUUUCAAGCAGCGUAAGCACGAUUCUGUUCUCGGUCGCACUGCUUGCCGCGAUAAUCGGGUUUUAG